ACAAUGUUUAAUUCGUUGUGGCUCAUUCUCAUAUUGGAUUUUGGAAAUGUACCUCCAGUCGAAUCGUUUCUGAGGUUGAUGAAUGGUAUCGGUUUUUGUUCUGGGCGAGUGGAGGUUCUUCAUAAUGGAACAUGGGGAACAGUGUGUGGUGAUCACUGGAAUCAAUCACAUGCUGCAGUGGUAUGUAGAGAGAUGGGCUGUGGGGAUGUGAUCACGGCAAUGACUGAAGCUUAUUUUGGAGAAGGUUCAGGACAAAUAUGGAUGGAUGAUGUAAAUUGCACUGGCACAGAGUCUUCACUGAUGGACUGUGAGACACUUGGAUGGGGAAUACAUGAUUGUGAGCAUUCAGAAGACGCUGGAGUCAUCUGUGAAGAGUUUAUUAGGUUGAUAAAUGGUCCUGACUCUUGUUCUGGACGAGUGGAGGUUCUUCAUGAUGGUGUAGGACCAGUAUGGAUGGGCGAUGUACGGUGUACUGGGACUGAGGCUUCACUUGUGAACUGUAAAUCAACAGCAUGGGGAAUACAGAACUGUGAACAUUUAAAAGAUGCUGGAGUAACCUGUAACAAUGUGAAGCUGGUUGAUGGUUCCAGUGAGUGUGAUGGCAGAGUUCAGAUUCGGUAUAAUCGGCAGUGGGGCGCAGUGUGUUACUCAGGCUGGGAUCUAGCAGAUGCUACAGUGUUGUGUCAAGAGCUUUACUGUGGAGACAUUGCUGAGCCGAAAGCAUAUGUGCAACCUUCAGGGCAAAUAUGGAUGGAUCAACUAGCAUGUACAGGAAAUGAGUUGACAGUGCAGGACUGUCCGUUUACUGGAUGGGGUGUGAGCAGUUGUUUGGAUGGACUUCAUGCAGGAGUUUCAUGCCAAACAACUGUGAGAAAAGUUGUGAUGAGGAUUGUCUUGAAGGCCGAGAGUGGAGUCAAUGUCAAUGAUCCAGAUAUCAAGAACAAGCUUCUGGAUAUGAUUGGAAAGGUGGUUGGAAGUAAAGGAAAGUAUAAAGAAUACUGGAGAAUACAGCCUGAUGAUGAGCAAGUUUUUCACAAACAGAGAACAGCCACAGGUCUUUUUUGAAUGACAGAAAAGGGAGAAAACAGAUUCUAAUCCUAAUUAUAAUCAGAAUCAGAAUGAGCUUUAUUCACCAAGUGUGCACAAACAAACAAGGAUUUUUUUGUCGUUGUUGUUGUUGUUCUCUACAUACAACACAAGAAAAUAGGAAGAAUAUUUAAAAAAAAUUAAGAAACUUAAAUGCAAUGA